UAAGUACAUAUACGUUUUGUAUAAAUAUGUCUAAUUUAGAUUUAGUCAACAAGUUUGGCAAGGAAUCUUCGAGAGCAGCUUGUAAAAAGUGUGGUUAUGCUGGCCACUUAACAUUCCAAUGUAGAAACUUUAUUAAAGUGGACCCAAACAAAGAGAUUGUGCUAGAUGUGAGCAGCACAAGUAGUGAUAGCGAGCAGGAGUACGCAACACCCCUGCAGAGUUUACGGGAAGCAGAGUUACGGCAGAAAUUACAAGAGAAGUUGAAGAAGGCCAAGGAGAAGAAGAAACUUAAAAAGAGGAAAAGAUCUACAUCCUCCAGUUCAAGCAGUACUUCGAGUUCAUCAUCAUCAUCAUCAUCAUCAACAUCAGACAGCAGUGACUCAGAAUGUGACAAAAAGAAAAAGAAACAUAAAACAAAGAAAUCUAAAAAGUCCAAGAAAUACAAUGAUAAUCAUGACAAACAUGACAAACAUAAGAGGCGUGAAAAAUAACAUUAGUUUAAUCGUUUUAGGAUAUAACAUUGUAUUGUAUUAAUUGUUAAUAAUAAAUAUUAUAAUAGGUAUACAUGUUCUACAACAAUUCUUGUGAAAUAAUAUAGAAUGAAA